GACUUCUGACACCCCUGCUCUCCCGCAUGUCCCUAACCUCUCUCAAUAAUGUCACACCCAAAAUUGCUUCUACCAGAUUCUGUUUUUCUCAUUAACCCAUUAUACCCUUUGCUGUUGAUGACGGAAAGAAAAUUAAUCACACAACAAUAAUGCGAGAUUUCUUCGCCAUGUGAGCCCGCAAUUUUUCCCAGCGAUGGCGGAUUCAAUGUUUCAGGUUUGAGCGGAGAUUGCGACCAAGUUGGGGAGCUGUAAACCGUAACAAUGUCGUUAGGGAGUUGAAGCUUGAAGCGUCGUUAAUGGUGAGGCGACAGCGGAGGGGAGAGAAGAAGAUAGCUGUGUGUGCAGAAUUGCGGGUAGGUAGGGUAGGGAAAACGUAGGUACAGAAAGGGUAAACUUGUCAUUUCGGGGUGGCUUGACCUGGCGGAAUCACUACUUUUUUAUGCCUUCCAAAAAUCUCUGAGGCUUUUGAUUGAUUGGUUGAUUCAUCGUUGGAGGGAUAGCGCGGCUGUGGUGGUGGUGCCAUUUCAGCGCUUCAUAAAUUGGAUUCUAGUUGGAAGAGGGGCAGAUUAUUGUGCCAUGGUGUCAUUUCCAAGUUUUUCUGUACAAUCCAGUUGUUCAAGAUGCCUCUUAGUUACAGAUCCAAAUGGAAUUCAUUCAUCUAGAAGUUCUAUUUCAUCAGUUGCAUUGGCUAGAAAGGCUGUGAAAUGGAAGGAAUCAAGAAGGGGACAGCACCUGAAAGCAUUAGCAUCCAGUCUGAUGCUCGUAAAGGAAUGCCGGGGCUUGAAAAUAACGGGGUCAUUGAGAUGUUCAGAUCUGAAAUAUCCGCACAAACUCAAAGUUGACGAGGACAAUGCAAGAAGAGCCAACCAAAUAUGUAGUUUGUUUAGGAGUUCUAGAGUUUAUUGCAAGGCUGCCACAUCUGGAGAUUUUUCUAGCAAUACUCCCAGUCAAUCGAGUCAAUAUGAGAGAAUAGUCGAAACAUUGACAACUCUUUUUCCAGUAUGGGUCAUUUUAGGAACAAUUAUUGGUAUUUACAAGCCUGCCAUGGUGACUUGGUUAGAGACGGACCUAUUUACUGUUGGUUUAGGUUUUCUCAUGCUCUCGAUGGGAUUGACAUUGACAUUUGAUGAUUUCAGAAGAUGUUUGCGCAAUCCGUGGACUGUGGGCGUUGGAUUUCUAGCUCAGUACCUCAUCAAACCAAUGUUGGGAUUUUUCAUUGCAAUGACACUAAAAUUGUCCGCUCCUCUGGCAACUGGACUUAUUUUGGUUUCAUGCUGUCCUGGAGGCCAAGCAUCGAAUGUUGCUACAUACAUUUCAAAGGGCAAUGUUGCACUCUCCGUUCUUAUGACAACGUGUUCUACCAUUGGUGCCAUUGUAAUGACUCCCCUUCUGACAAAGCUUCUAGCAGGUCAGAUUGUGCCGGUUGAUGCUGCUGGCUUAGCUAUCAGCACAUUUCAAGUUGUGCUAGUGCCGACAAUUAUUGGAGUUCUAUCAAAUGAGUUCUUUCCAAAGUUCACCUCAAAAAUAGUUAGCAUCACACCUUUAAUUGGAGUCAUUCUGACGACCCUUCUAUGUGCUAGUCCGAUUGGGCAAGUUUCGGAGGUGCUGAAAACUCAGGGCGCGCAAUUGAUAUUGCCAGUGGCUCUGUUACACGCUGCCGCAUUUUUUCUUGGUUAUUGGAUAUCAAAACUGUCAUUUGGUGAAUCGACUUCGAGGACCAUUUCAAUAGAAUGUGGAAUGCAGAGCUCUGCACUUGGAUUUCUUCUAGCUCAGAAGCACUUCACUAAUCCUCUUGUUGCCGUGCCUUCUGCCGUGAGUGUCGUCUGCAUGGCUUUGGGAGGAAGUGGACUUGCAGUGUUCUGGAGGAACCGGCCAAUUCCAGCUGAUGACAAGGAUGAUUUCAAGGACUAGGAAUAUGAAUAUCUAUUUAUUGUGGUUUGGAAAAAAUCCUGAGAUUGGCUUAACAUUGUUGUGUUUGGACAAAGGAUUGUUCUUGCAAAAUUAAUUAUUAAUUUAUACAAUAUUCACAAUUUCACAUCA